CGCACGGGGAGACUGCCUUUCGCUCGCUGGCGCACGGGGAGAUUGCCUUUCGCUCGCUGGCGCACGGGGAGACUGCCUUUCGCUCGCUGGCAAAACUGAAACUCAUCUCAUUGUAGUUUAACAUGACACAUGCUGGGCAUGAUGUGAAAUGUUCUGUUCACCUACCGGCCGAUUCCGAGUAUGAACUGGAACUCUUGGCCUACCUCUGCACUUCCUGUGGUUUCUCUCUGCAGAGCACGGUGGGAGGGUUUUGCUGUAUGCUUUGCAAGGUGACUUCAUUCUGGUGCUACACUUCAGACAGGAGAGCUCAGCAUCAAGCCUCUGCUUUGUGAAGAGUCUUCAGCGAAUCCCGUGUUCGUUGGAAUUUUCGCAUGAGAUAAAGUGGCCUGGGGCUGGUGGGUUUACCGAGCGUAGAUGCUUUAGCUGCAUUUUAACCAGAGCUGGCUGAUGUAACAACACAACUCAAGUUCUCACCCCAGGACAGAGAGCGCCUGAUCUUUUGGAAAGAAGAGGCUAAUCUAGGCUAUCCCCACAGAACUUGGUCUCCGGCAGCAGAAAGCAUGGCCAACACUUCCUGUGCCACGGCAGGGGGACACUCUAAUGCAACAAUAGUGGAUUGUUAUGUGGAAGCAGACUUCCAGUACCAUCUCUUCACUAUCAUCUACAGCAUUGUCUUUGUACUGGGACUGCUAGAAAAUGUCUUGGCUCUCUACCUUUUGACCUGCAAGGUCAAGUACAGCUCUCACUCCUACAUCUACCUCAUCAACCUGGCUGUAGCAGAUACCUUGUUUGUUUGCAUGCUGCCCUUUAAAAUCCAUUACCACCUGAACCAGAACGAUUGGAUCUUUGGAGACAUGGCUUGUAGGAUCACCGGGACCUUGUACUACAUCAACAUCUACGUCAGCAUUGCCUUCUUCACCUGCAUUUGCGUGGAUCGUUACGUGGCCGUGCUGCACCCCUUCGCCUACAUCCGGAUCAAAGUCACCCACUACAGGAUAGUGGUCACAGGCUUUUGGCUCGUUGCUGUAAGCAUCACGAUCCCACUUAUCCUUGGGGGGCCCCUUCACAACAAGGGCCCAGGGAACACGACUGCGUGCUUUGAGAACUUCUCGCCGACCAGCUGGACCCAUCGCAUGAUGCCCUACAAUGUCUGUGCCUUGCUGUUCGGCUUUGUCAUCCCGUUUGCCGUCAUCCUCAUCAGCUACCCGCUCAUCGCCAAGCGGAUCGCCCACACCAGACGCAGCAUUCACAAGAAGAAGGCCUCGAGGACCAUCUACCUGAUCCUGCUCAUCUGCAUCCUGUGCUUCCUGCCUUAUCAUCUCACUCACCUACUCCACUUCCUGAUGAGGGUCCAGCUCAUCCAAAGUUGCCUGUUUACCAACUUAAUUUACAAAAUGCGCCGGGUCACUUUGGCCCUGGUCAGUUUCAACUGCUGCCUGAACCCCAUCCUAUACUACUUCACGGCUUCCAGCAAGCCAUGGCGGCUCGGCCUCAAGUUCAGAUCCAAAACCAAGGUUUAUACCAUCUGUGACAGAAAAUUCAAUGACUAUCCUUAUAAAAGCAAGCCAGCAGCAAGACCACCACCACCGCAAUUGAAUGAAAUGCCUUUUUUAAAACAAGGUCAGUAAGUUAUUCACCCACAGGUUACGGGUUCAAAUCCAACCGAACUUGGAGGAGGAGGAGUAUUCAGGUGGUGUCAGUCCACUUCCUAGGAGACUAGAGUGUUAAUUGGCAAGGGUGGGCUCAGCAGACAACAUGAAGAUAAAACACAUUAGCAGAGAUGCCUGUGUUGUGUAUAAAUAGGACUUCAGUUUUCAGAGCUGUUGAUCCCAACUAAAGUGGGUCAAGAAUGUAUGGCAGUAUUUCCACUUCAAUGUUACUUAUUAAGCAGUACAAAAAAAUCCUUUGUUUGGAAAGUGGUGACAUUGGAGGCUAAUUUCCAAAGUAAACAGAGCAGCUGGCUUUCUGCUAUUUAAAAUAUCCUUGUAGAAUAAGAACAAUUCCAGUCUGUGUGUAUAGCAUGAAAUAUUAGAUUAUUAAUAGUUGACAAAUUAUACAUGAAUUAUCCAAACUAAUGGACCUGCACCAGUACGGUUUGGUAUACUGAUUACUUGACAGUCAUUUCAUCAUCUGUAGCCGCCUCUCAACUUUCUUUAGGUAUCCUUUGACUGCUAUUGAGACAGACUGGUCAAGGCCUGGGACUCAGAGGGCUAGGUUCUAAUCCCAGUUGCUUUGCAGGAGAUUGGCACAUCAUUGAAUCUCUGCCCAUCUAUAAAAUGGGAAUAGCUAAGCACCUCUGCGUUCCUUUAUUUGCUGAACACUGUGAAAGUUAGCUUUGCUUUCUAUCUGAGGGAUGUCCUCUUGAGAAGAGGCCCCCGGGGGAGUACAGCACCUCAGCUUGCAUUCAGGCUUCUCAGCUAUUGUUUACAGCCUUGUAAGCAGUUACUUAUCCACUACUGCAUAUGCAUAAAUAUUAUGCUUAGUUUGAAUCCCUCAGGCCUACUUUUAAGUUCUAACCCCCUAUCAGUGUUCUGUACUAUUCCAGCUGCCCCUAUGUUCAAUGCAGAAGUAACAAGAUAAUUGAAUCAUUUUGUUCACAAGCUUCAAAGGUGGCCGAGUGAAUUAAAAUGCUGUUCAGAGGAGCAUCGUCCUGUGCUGUUCGUAUGUAUGUUGAAAAAGCAAAGUGCUGGCAUCACAAUGUUUUUUAAUAUUACAAAAAUAAAUGUGACUGGAAAGACUUUGAAAAUCUUUUACCUUGCUCUACAAGGAACACCAGCUGAAGCUGCUCCAGGUAACUAGAUGCAAACAGCUUGCUCAGUAACUGAUAUUUGUGACUGGCUUUGCCAGUGGGGGAUAGCAAUGCUGCUAAAGCAAACUUUUUUGUCUGACAAGUUGAAUGCUCUCUACUGCAGGAUA